GGAAACAUGUAAUCCAGUGCAUUGUGGGAUAUGUUGGUGAAACUUGAGGGACGUGAAGGUGCUAGUCGUGAUAUUUGGAUCAUCGGGAGAACGUGGAUUACAAGAAAGUUUAUAUUCUUUUAAUUCAAAUCGAGCAGUUUGUGUACCUUAACGCUGUGUGUGUUUUCGCCGUGUAAUUUUCGUUAUUCGUGUGUUGUGGCUGGAUUAGAAGGAUCAACAACUGCAAACAACAUGGCGUCUGAUUGUUUUGGAGAAGUGUUUAUGAUGGACUACAGUGGAUGCUUUGUAACCGAGUGCAGCAAAAUAUCGCCGUCUGAUUUUCAUCCGAAAAGCAUCCCCCAAAACAGUGGUAGAUUCCCCCCCUUAAGUUGUUUGCUUCUUCUUUGCUAGACAGCGUGCAUUGCACGAGGAAGUGAUUCUAGACCUGACCCAAAUUAUCACUAGACAGUUUUACUGUGGUAGGUCCAACCUCAACGUUUGUUGUUUACUUGAUCUAUUCUGUAUUCAGAAGAAGAAAACUUGCGCAUUUUCAGUAAAAUUUGACUAACUACAAAUAUGAAGUUGCUUGAAAACACACGUUUUGAAGCAGUAAAUUCUUUGUUGUGUAUGGAACUGGAGAAUUGCAAAAUCGAUGGCAGAAUUGAGAGCUACUCAUGCAAAAUGGCUGGGAAUGAUAAGCGGUUGUUCAAGAUGCUAUCUGAGAAAAACAAAGAGGCACCUGGAGGAUUGCAAGCACUCUCCCCACCUCAACUGUCACAGGUCCCCACCUCACGCAGCCCUGGCAGCAUGAUGCAGUACAGCUCAAGUUAUGAAAUGGAGCCAAUGAAUCCAUUACUGCGGGACACCAUCUCCACCAAAACUCUCUUCUACCUCAUCUCAACGCUCAAUGCCUCGUUCAACCCCGACUAUGAUUUUAGUAAAGCUAAGAGUGAGGAGUUUAGCAGGGAACCCAGUGUACAGACUGUAAUGACUGCUGUGGACACACAGAUGUUCGCGACAGCAGGGGAUGUUUAUGGUGCCCUCAAACACCACCUAUGGGGUGCAAUUGAUGGAGAGAUUGAACUAAAGGACUGUUUGGUGUACAGCUACAACCCUGACCUGUCUUCAGACCCGUAUGGAGAAGAAGGUUGCAUUUGGUCCUUCAACUACUUCUUUUUCAACCCAAGGCUGAAGCGCAUUGUCUUCUUCACUUGCAGAGCCAGCAGCAGCAGGUCUCUUCCCUAUGACUCGGGGAUUGCUGAAAGCAUGAAUGCAGACAUAAGUGAAGAUAUGAUUUUUCAACAGGAUUACGAUGGUGACAUGAUGUGAUGAGCACCUACCCCCACAGUGCAUUCAAGAAAACCCAUGGGUGUUUAAGAGAGUGUUCCCAACCAUACACAUUUAGGUGUGGAAUUUGAGAAUAGGGGAUGGGUGGGAGGGUUAAACAUGGCGGACCUUUAUCAUGUAGCAUUCAACACCCCUCAGAUCUGCUCGGCAGCUUCUGCUUUUAUCUCCAGUAGUUUAUUUUGUUAGAUCUUUGUCAGCCUCAAGGUUUUUAUUUUGAUUUAUGAUCUUGCUUACCCCUUCAUUUUUUCAUUGUAUUUUGAACAAUUGCCCGUUUAACAUAAAUAUAAUGCCAUCUUGCAACACCCAUGCAUACACACAACUGUCACCAUGACAGUGAGAAUUGGCUGUCGCGAGUUUGUAUUCUGACACCAACAAACCUCUCUUUGAGUGUGAUAUGUUUACAAGGCUGACCAUCAUGGGUGGGUGAGGUGGGAAGUGUGAGUGUGUGUAUGUAUGUGUUGUGUGGGUGUAUAUGUUUGUGUAUAUGUGUUGUGUGUGGGUUUAUGUGUUUGUGUUGUGUGUGUGAACAUAUAAGUUUAUUUGGAUGUGUGUUCAUAAAGGUUCACUUGAUUCUUACCUUAGAAAGAUGAGUGCUUGUGUGUAUGUAAGGCACUUUGAGUGCAGCUGGUUGCUGUCAUUUUUAUUCUUAUUUAUAUUCUUUUUAAAGCAACAGAUGUGCUUCUAUUAAUGUGCUUUAACUUAAAUUGCAUUGUUAAAGAUGUGCACCAUUAUUACUAAUGUAUCAUUAACCAAUGAAUCGCUUUGUUUUUACUGGGAAAACUCUACUGCCAGUCAAUAGCUAUCAUGCUUCUGAACACUUUGUGAUCUGGCAGUCACGUUUGUUGGUGUGAUAAUCAGCAAGUUCAGCAAGUACUUAUCUCUGGAUCUUUAUAGCCGCCAGAAUGUCAUUGCUUAUUAUUUUAGCUUGUUGUUGCAGUUUUGUAUUGGAGAAAUGAUGUUUAGCAUUUAUGAGCAGGUUAAUUUUAUACUAACACAUUUUUCCCAGUUUUUAAGUUUUCCCAGUAUCCUUUAGUAGAUAAACACUUAAUAUUUUAUGAGGUGCUGUAUUGACAGGACUGGAACUGUCAACUGUAGUACAAGGCAGCAUAAAUAAUCCUGAACACAGCUCUUGUGUCCUUGACUCUCUCCAGGUAUGGAAUGGGAAUUAUUUUAAAACUUUUUUCCUGCUUCUUUGAGGAGAGUUUUAUGGCUCUCAGGUUUAAACAAGUUUAUCAUCUUGUUUGGGUUUUGUCACUUUCACCUGAUUAAUUAAAUUUUCAUGUUUUUUCCCUUCUCCCUGAAGAUCAGAAGAUCAGCCGCUAAACAUGUCCACCUCUGAAACAUUUGAAUUGUGUAUACAUCAUACAAUCCAUGCUACUUCCUACAGGCAGCAUUCUGGAAACUGGUGUUUUACAACAUCCAGAUUAUGUUAAUGGACAAAUGUAGAAACAGUAGGUUUUUUGGUGCGUAGUGGAAGAGCAGAGCAGUGGUCCUUAGUAUAUUGUGAUGCAGGUUCUCAUGAAUAUAUUAUUUGAAUGUCUGGACAGUGGGCAUCCAUUUAGCAGUUCUUUGUUCAAUAUAUUGCUUGUCUUGGGGUGACAGUGACAUCCAGUACUGAGCAGUAGAGAAACCACAUAAUGUCCUGUAUGAGAGGGGCAGUCCAACACAACACAGCUAUAUUCUGGAUGUUGCUGCUACAUUUGAACUGUUGUCAUCAAAGGAAAAGUUACAAUGUUUUCAUCAUUGUAACAACAUGAUUAAUACUGCUUCCUCAGAGGAAGGCUACCAUUUUUAAUUGUUUUAAAGAGUCCUGAGUUUUGUUUUUAAACUCUUGUCCUUGGAGGUUAAUAUGUUUGGAGGAUACAUGAUAGCUUGUAGAAGUCUUGACAUGGCUAGGCGCUAAUUGAUGACAACUUGGCUAUAGUUGUGCAAAACUGAUCUAUGCUGUGCACUUGCUGGCUGUGAAAGAUGUAGCUGUAAAGUCAGCACCCUGCAAGCUGUGCAACACUGAGAAGCUAGUACCGGCUUCUAACCUGUAAGCAGAAUCACUCUGUGAUGUCUUGGCUUAGCUGGUCAGCAUGUUCUUUCUCAGUCAUUGUGGGACAUUUGAAAUGCCUUGUGUCACAAGGUAACAACACCUCAGAGCUGUUCAACUUGUUUGUCAGUGCCACUGUUUAAUGAAGAUGUAGCAAGGGUACAUACUGUUUUGCAAUAUGCUAAGCUUCUAAUAUAAAACUGUCCAUGUAGUAUGGCUUGUGGAAGCACAGCGCUCAGGUGUGGAAGUGAUUAUUUCUGCAAUUGACCAUCAGUUUGCUAAACAGUUUCUCAAUUGUGACAGUCUUUUGAGUGCUGUAUAAAUUGAAAAUUAGUUGAAUGACUGCAUUUUUCUGAAGAUAUGUCAAUAAUGAACGGUUACAGUCUAAAGCUCAUUCUGCCUUAAGAGGAUUAACAUUCUAUAGUUGAAGGUUUUUCAUAUGUACAUGGCAUACUUUCCAAAUUUUGUGUAAUUUAUAACAAUAUUAUCAAUGAAAUUCUUUUUUACUGGGUACUGCAAGGAGUGUUGCAGUAUUUGUACAGAUUAUGUUAAUUUUUAAUAAUAAAUCUGCAUGUAUCAAGCACU